AUGUGCGAAGAUGUUAUGGACGAGGCCUACAACAAGCGCUCCAGGGGCCGUCCACCUAGCAAAUCUACAACGAAGUCCCCUCGACAAAAGGCAUCUGUCAAAUCACUUGCAGAGGAGAGACCUUCGUUGGCGGCCGGUGGGGACCCGAUCGAUGAUCGUGUUCUCGACCGCAUCAAGAAAUGUCUUAAGCGCGCAAACCAUGAGAAUUCAACGGAGUCUGAGGCAAAGGCGGCCCUCUUUCUGUCGCAAAAGUUGAUGACCCAACAUAAUGUUACCCACGCCGACCUGCUCUCGAAGGAGUCAGACGAGCAAGUGCAGGUUGCAGGAAGCAGUAUUGUGGCCAUCACUAGCACAAAAGAUGGGAGCAACUCUGUACGCAACGAAGGUUUUGUUUUCGAUGCUGCUCACGCCAUGCAAGAGCUUUUUGACUGUCAAUGCUAUGCCAGCCGCGAGUUCAACUCAAUUGAGUGGACAUUCUAUGGAAUCGCCGAGAACACCGUCGCUGCCGCCAGAGCUUUUGAAAUGGUUUACAAUCUCAUUUCACAAUGGGCAUUGGCCUACAAAGGCGUGUCAGCCAGGUUUAGCUAUGCCUGUGGAGUCGCUUCCGGUUUGCGAAGCAUGGCAUAUGAAGAAAAAUGUCAGGAAGCAGAGAUGGCUCGAAAAGCAGAGCUAGAAACCCUGAAUGAGCGCAUUAGAGAAGACGAACGUCAACGCCAGGAAGAACUGGCCAGACUGAAUCCCGUUCAAAGCGAAUUCGGACCUAUUAGCGAUGACCAGUUGUCUUCACAAUCAAUGGUGCUGAGUCCCACGGGUUUGGGCAAUCCGGGAACUACUCCCAAGACUAACAACGGGGACGGAGACGGGGACGCUAGCAGCGAUGACGAGGAAGCAGGAUGCGGUUUUACGGUUGAGCCGGAUUUCAAGGAAGCGGAUGGUGAUUUGCUCGAUCCCACCGCAGAUUUGGACGAGGAGAUUGGCAGGCUUCUGAAACGCGAAGCAUCACCAUUUAUUAGCUUGGAUGGUAUAAAGUCAGAGGAGGAAAAGCAAUCGCAUUCCUCAACCAGUGUGGACACGGCUAUGCCUAGGGAUAUUCCAGUGGCUAGUGUUCCUGCGGCGAGCCCGUGGAAAUCCGAGAUGCAACUUAUUCGGUUCCGCCAAACGUCAAAGAAAGUAGGGGACGACUAUCUGAAGCAACAAAAUAUCCGGUUAUGCACGACAGCACGGCGUUACACAGAUGUCAGAGAUGCUUCGGCCUAUCGCCAGGGCUUGAAAGACAGUAACAAGGUCGAUGUCCGACGCAGAAGGCUUGAGUAA